AUAUGACGAAACUAUGCGUCUCCGUCAAUCGGACAAGGAACAGAUUGAGAUACUGGCCACACAGAUAGUCGAUGCUGAAUCUGAGAUCAACCUGCUGCGACAGCGCUUCAAAUCUUUGGGCGACGAGAUGAAUCGUUAUAACAAGGAUAAUUCCCGCCUUUGGGAUGAAUUGCAGAAGGCCAGAUCGGACUUGGACCAGGAGACCCUCAGCCGCAUCGACUUCCAGAACCAGGUGCAGACUUUGUUGGAAGAAUUGGAGUUCUUGCGAAGAGUUCACGAUCAGGAAGUCAAGGAGUUGCAGGCGCUGUUGAAUCGUGAGCCGACAGACACUCGCGAAUUCUUCAAGAACGAGCUUGCCCUGGCAGUACGCGACAUCCGCAACGAGUAUGACAUCAUCGCGCAACAGAACAAAAGUGAUAUGGAAUCGUGGUACAAACUGAAGGUUCAAGAGGUACAGUCCGCGACAUCCAGGAGCGGCGUGGAGACCAACUUCCAACGCGAAGAAGUGCGCCGCAUGCGCGAACACAUGCAAGACCUCAGAGCGAAACUUGCCGACCUUGAAAGCAAGGUAUGCCAAGAGUGCGGGAUUAAUAAAUCAUUUUUAAGCCUGAACUAUCCGAAAAAGGGUUUUCAUGAACUGAAUCAUCAACUAGAAGACGACCAACGACAAUAUGAAUUUGCCCUUAAUGAUCGUGAUGCUCAAUUACGAAAACUGCGCGAUGAAUGCCAAGCUUUGGUCGGCGAGCUGCAGGCCCUGCUAGACACGAAGCAGAUCCUCGAUGCCGAAAUUGCCAUCUACCGUAAGAUGCUAGAAGGCGAAGAAAACCGCGCCGAAAGCAGUCGAACUGUUCGAGGAGAAAUGUCGACGCGCACCACCUUCCAGAGGUCGGCCAAAGGUAACGUGACUAUUGCCGAAUGCGACCCAGAGGGGAAAUUCAUUGUUCUUGAAAAUUCACACCGUUCAAAGGAUGAGAACAUCGGUGACUGGAAGAUCCGCAGGAAGAUUGACGGAAAACGCGAAAUCACCUACAUACUGCCACCAAACAUUGUUCUGAGAGCAGGAAAGACGUGUAAGAUAUGGGCUCGCGAACAAGGAGGAUUCCAUCAUCCACCAAGUGAACUGAUUUUCGACGGUGAAACAACUUGGGGGAGUGGAAACAAUGUCCAGACUGUACUGUUCAAUCGCGACAACGAGGAACGUGCCACGCACACGCAGCGAACCGUUCAGCAAGUCUAAAU